AUGGGAGCCAAGCAAUCGAGCAAUAAUGGUCGAGGGAACUCAAGAAAUGUCGCUAAUGGUGGCGCGAUGGCUGCUGCCGGUCUUCCUGAGGGUUCAAGAGUUGUAGCGCUCGAUCCGAGAAUUAGGACUCGUUCAUUAAACAAUGUGGGACCAUCUUUAGCUAUACCGGGUCACCCAUCUUCGUUUCAGGAGUCUGAUUUGUCUUCGUCGCCUGAAGAUAGUUCCCCUUCGCCGCGAGGAAUUUUAUUACAAGGGGCUCAUUCGUUACCUUCACAUUUAUUCGCGACCUACACGUCGUUUUUAAACGGUAAGAUAAGAUCGAUUAUCUUUAACUCCCUCGUUGCGAUCAGCCUUUGUGUGUGACAGACGAUCAGGCUCUCGUUCUUGAAGCGUUGUUGUACCUUUUAUUGUGAUCUUUUGAUUCUUUUUCUUGAUGCUAUAAAGCUUACUUUUUUUCAUGUUAUUUUGCAGGAGUGAAAUGCCCCGUCUGUUCAAAAAUAGUUUUGCCUGAUGAUAUUGAACUCCAUUUGGUCAUCUGCCUCACCAAACCCCGAAUUUCUUAUAACGGUAGGGUUUGUUAAUCUCUUUUAACUUCUUAAUUAUCGAGUUUACGAAUUUUCGAACGAUCCCAGCCUGCUUACAACUUAACUUGUUGUCGUGCUCUAGAAAAAUAAUUAAAAUCAGGGGUUAAACUACAUAGCAACAAAUUUUCGUGCGUAAUGGAAAUUAUCAGUGGGUCGGCGUUAAUUAUUUUAAUUUUCUCGUUGGUUUGGAGACUAUUUUGCCCUGUUAGAAUAUCAUGCAAGCAUACAUACAUCUCUCGGUUUUCUUAUUAGAAAAUAAUUGAAACUUUCAAUUUCGGUACGAUCUAUAUUGGAUUCAUUGCGACCUGAACUUUGAAGUGACUGCCUGCGAUGACAGAAUGAUGUACGAAAAUGAUUGUAAUAUAUGAAACAAAUUUGUUCUCGACGAAAGAGGGCUUUUUAAAGCAAUUUGAGCGUUGUUUUUAUGAUAGAGAAGAAAGAGAGCUUAUUUUUGAAGAUCAAAAUCACCAUUCUAUCCUACAUGUAUUUCAAUGAGUUUACGGAUUUUUAAGGUUUUAAACAAAGGCAAGCAAGCAAAGGCAAGUAAUUGGACUCUCCACACUACUUCUUGACUAAAGAAAAAACCUGCACUUUAGCUUGUAAACCAAAAACGUAGCUGGUUAAUAAAACGUGCAAUAUUUUCCUUACAACACUUAACGCCCUUGAUGAGAUAGAUUUAUUAGGGUCAAUUUUCUGGUCACUUCUUGUUGCGGUUUCGUGUUGUCAUGAAGCUUUCAAAGUGAUAAACAGCUGUGUUCACUUUUUGAACAAACCGAAAAUUUAUGGAAAAUCUCCAGUUUCAUUUUAUAAAAUAGUGAAAAAGAAAUGGUAGAAAUAUUGGAAAAACUAUUCACGGCAGGGAUAAAUAGUUAACUGUGUGACCGCCAAAUUGCAAGAGACAAAGCACUAAGAAAAAGGACUUUUAAAAAUUUCAUGAAAAUUCAGUGUAACCCACAUGGUGGUCUUCUGAUUGCUUGUAUAUUAUUAGCCUGCGAUCUGCGCCCCCCCCCCAUCUUCCCCAACCACCCCUAGAUCUCUGUUAUGUCUUUUGUGGAAAGGAGGGCAUGAUACAUUAUUUUAUUCACCAGAUCACAUGUAAAAAAGUCAGUUCCGAUUGGUCUAGACACAAUAUGUCUAACAAAGGUCUGUUCUGAUUGGCUGAAGAUAGAUGUUACUAAAACGCGGAACGGGGAGCAGGGAACGAGCACAUCCUGGAACAAGAAAAUGAAAAAUGGGAACAAAACCUUACUUGAACACUGGCCCUAUCAGUAACUGCCUUUCCAAUUCUCUGCUUUGUUCCUAUUUUCUAUUUUCUCGUCCCCCAUGCUGUUUCGCUCUUCCCCGUUUUUGUAACAUCCUUUGAAAAUUAGAUUUCAGGUCCCACUGGACUGCGUGGUGUUUGAACGCAACUUAACCAAUUCCUCUAGUUAACAUACUCUGUGGCUGAAAUGUUGUUUUCUUGUUUUUCUGGCUGAUUUUAAUAUUGAAUGGAAACUCUAGCUGUUAUUACUCCAUCACAGGAUUAAGCUUGUGCUAGUUUUUCCAAGAAACAAUUAUUGAGCAUAGUUGUGUUUUGAUUUUCCUGAGUGCAAAAAUAUCUGGAGCAGAAGUUUUUUUGCGCCAUGAUGACAGGUUGACCAGGUGUUUAUUUUUGCGGCUCAUGCCUUUUCCCUGUCUUCUAAAAACAACAACAAAAAUAUAAAUAAAAAAUGCCUGAUUGCAAGUUAGGAUAUUAUUAACUUUUUCACUCUUAGACCAAGUUAUGGCCAGAUGGUUUGUCACUAAAACUUAUUUAGAUCUGUGGACAAAAUUCUGUGAUUUUAGCAUUCAACUUCUUUGGUCAAACUUUUUUCCUGGCGGUGUUAAUAUCUUUGGAUUUUUACAAAAAGAAAUUUCGAAUUUUUUAGAAUGGUAUUUUACUGUCCACUAAAAAGCAAGGCCAACUGAAGCACUUUUAGACCUGAACUGGAUGAUUAAUCUAUCAACCAGAAGGCAAAUGCAAUACUGUCUUUUUAUGCAUAAUUUUAUUAAUGACAGUGAAAGAAAGAGUAUGAUUACCCAAGGUUUAGACUAUCACAACCAUAACACCAACUCCAAGGAUUUUUGAACUAUUAGAUUAAACACUAACUGGGGAUUUAAUAGUGCCUUGACAGACUGGAAUUCCCUCACAGCAGAGAUGAGAUGUCUACCUUAUAACACUUUUGGAAUAUCAUGACUUAUAAAAAAUUUUAAAUCUCAACAGAAGGUUCCAGGGUUUUUUUAAUUCCAGUUUUCUUAAGUGUGAAAUUUUCUUUGUUCGUUUGGUUUUGAAUAUCAGGUUUUUGUCAUUUUAGUCCUAUAUUUUAGCAAUUUUAUUUUUUUACAUUCUGUGCCCUCCUGAAAUGUAUGACAUAGGCCAUCUGUAAAAAGACCUAUUUUCCCUGUAUGAUUUAUUGACAUUGCUGGAAGUUCUGAUUUGUUUUAAGCUUCAGCUGCAUGACCUCCAACUUUUCCACUGUGCAUUCUAGUUUUUUCAGAGAAUCAAUACUAUCAUCUGUGCUAAAUUAAAUAAGCCCUUUUCUCUAUUAUAAGCCCCCCACCUCAAAUGUGCAUUAAAUAAAUAAGGCCCCUGGGUGUGUAAUAGAGGAUUUACAGUAUUAUUAUGAGAAAUUUGACUCUAAACUCUUACUAAUAAUAUAGGAGCUGAACAAUUUUUAGGGGGUAAUGAAAACAGAAACUACCUGCAGGAAAUAUUAUUCAUUCAAAAAAGCAAAAUAAUAAUAGUUGUAAACUGAAGGACCACAGUUGUUAAUGGUCCAAACAAUAGACAAAUUAAAAAGUCCAACUCCUCAAAAAAAGUUCAAACAUUGAAGUGACGUGUUUAAACUUUGAAAUUGAAGCUUUUUAGGAAAUAAAGGUUACUAUCAGUAUUCAUCCUGAACUCAGGUCAUCUGAGCAUAGAUCUAUGUUUAAAUUUGUGCUCAUACUUACAGACCCACAGAAAACUAGAACUGAAAUUGAAAAUGGAAAGUCCGCAUGUCGGCAAAAGUAAAAUGCCAGUGUUGAUGAAAGAAAAAAAAAAUCUGAAAACCGUUAAUGGCAUACAAAAUAAUAGACCAGAGAUUUCCUGAGAAAAAGCCAAAAUAUUACAGUAAUCUGAUUAAUUUUCGCUAAAUGCUGAUAGGAAGAACCAAAGAGAUUUGUAUAUCAGUGAUGUUGUGUCUUGCUGUCAAAGAAAUAAAGCAAAAUAGACUGAUUGUGCAGCUGUUGCUCUAACAAUGUGUUGAUUACUAGUCUUGUACCAUGUAAUUUGGCACACUUAAAAUCCAACCCUUUUCUAAAUAUGGACACAAAAUUGAACUCCAAAGUAAAUCCCUCAGACAGGAAUUAAGGAGCAUGGUUUUUAGCGUGAAUACAUGUAAGUGACUGUAGGGCGUUGUUUGUAGUGUUAUAGGUGAGAUGGGCCUCAUUGGCUGUUGAGAGAGUUUGCUUUUUUACAUAAUGAAAUUUAUAUAAAUGAAAUAUAGAGCACAUUUGGUGCAGAGGUAGGGGGUUGGAAUUUUAGGCGUAGUGAAUACAUGACAAAGAUGUUUUUUCAGUCAGUGAUCUAGAUGGCUCAGACGAACAAAUCUGAGUUCUCACAACAGGAGCUAAAACCUAUGACCUUAAAGUAUAGUGUAGUAGGAAUUCUGUUGUUGGUGUGCAGUCCUUCAAACUACAUGUAUUUCAUUUCCAAUACAAUGUAAACGCAAAGGUUUAAAGGUUUAAAGGCUUGUUUAUAGUGGAAAACUUGUGCUCUUAGCUAGCUUCUCCAGCUAGUUUACAGGCACUCCACUCAAAUACUUAGACACAAAUAAUUCAAAUACAACAUAACAGGAUUAAAAACCCCAACUGGCAACCAGUAGGCUAUUUACAAGCAUGGUUGAAGAUUUGAACUCGGGACGACCGAGAACAAAUCUUGCAAGUCACCAGAAUGGGACUUGAACCUGGGACUGCUGGAUUGCAAGUCUGGCAUGCUGACCACUCGGCCACGCUGCCUCUUUAAGAGUUCUUUAUAUUUUUUAUUGGUAGCUGAUGGUGUGCCUAUUUUACCCCCUCUCUCCAUCAGUGCUCCAUUUUACACAGGAAGUAAAGAAGUCGAAAGAAGGGUUUGAGGUCGCACGUGGGAAUCAAACUCUGAAGCUCUCGCACAGAAGGCUGCCCACUAACCAACUUUGCAAAUCCUUCCCCCUCCCUAAAUUUACUAAAGAAGUGAAGUGAACCAUAUCCCAUGUUUCUUUUCAGAGGAUGUACUGGAACAGGAGAAUGGAGAAUGUGUUAUAUGUCUGGAAGACUUGAAUAUAGGUACAUGUACAUGGAAAUAGCAGUCAUCUUGAAUAAUAAUUAUGGUUAUUUUAGUUGUUAUACUACUACAUGAGAAUUUUCUGCAAUUUGAUUGGGUUAGAAUAGUGGUAUUUCAGCUUAAUUUGAAAUACCUACAUGUGAAAAUUACGAACCUUUUGCAUCUAGUAGUAUAAAUAAAUAAUAGCAUGAUUUGUAUGUGAUAUUUGGCAUAAAUACCACUUGUGAUAUUUCAAAAUUGUCUUAAAUUUCACUGGUAGUAUUUGUGCCAAAUAUCACUACAAAUCAUGCUAUUACCUAUACUUAUUGUCGAAAGCAUACAUGACAUGACCACAAAGCAAUGGGUAAUUUCUUUAAAAUAAUUUCUCAAACUCAGCAGCAGAUUAUUGUGAAAAUUGCAGCAACUCUUAUGUCAUAAAAUCACCAAGUUAGGAUGUUUUAUACUAUUUCACGGCACAAAGGAUUUGCAGCUGCCCACUUGCUCUUGCAGUCUUAUCGCAGAGGCUUGGAGCAAACAAUAAUUAUAAAUAAUAAUAAAGUAACUGUACACUGUAAUAAAGCAAGUUUUUGUUGGUGGGUUUUGAACAACUUAAAAGUUUGGGCAAGAAUUAAAUAAGGCAAAUUAUCGUCUGUUUAAAUUAAGCUCAAGAUUUUAAGUUAUGUACAGGGAAAAUGUAGUAUGAGUGGUUCAAAAGUAAGUCGAGGAUAUUACAUUGCGGCGUGGGGAUACAAAAUUUCUCUUCGAGUGUUGAAAAAUAUUUCUUGACUGAGCGCAGCAAACGAGUGAAAUAUUUUUUUCAACAUGAGAAGAGAAAUUUUGUAUCUCCAAGCGACCAUGUAAUGUUCUAUUUAUUAUGUAAACACCAAUGAAAUGCUGAACUAUUUUAUUUAAAUAGUUUUUUGGUCUUAGAGGUAUGGUUUAUUAUGAAGCCAUAGCAACGAUGAUGUUUUCACAUGUGAAGAUAACGUUAUUUUCACGUGUGAAGAUAUCAAGUUUUCGCGAGAAAGCUGACUUGGUAUUUCAUUGGUGUUUAUAUAAUAAAAGGUAAUUGUAUAUAAAUCUUCAAGAAGGUAUAGAUGGGUGAUUGUGAAAAUUGCAGACCACUCUAAAAACUUAAAAUUAUUUUAUGCAUAUUUAGAGUCAUUUAACUUACUUGUAGUCUUGAGGAAUUUGCAUGUUUUAUGUAUGUCGUUAGUAAUAAUUCCACAAACCAGUUUUAAAUGUCAGUGCAUGGAGUUGAACAGGCCAAGCCAAAUGACCAGUUCUUGGGUGAGAGAGGGUGAUUUUGUCAGGAAUUGAAGUUUAUGUGGGAUAAUACCAAGCAUUUAUUAUCUUGUGUCAUUUUGAUAACAGAUUCUUAGAUGGUAGUGAUCAACUUAAAACAAGCUUUAUUUUUUGACAGGCGACAAAAUAGCAAGAUUACCAUGUUUGUGUAUAUACCACAAGAGGUAUAGUGCCAUUUUAUUUUUUCAUUAAAAGGUCAGUGGGAUUUAAAAUAAAAAAAAUCAGAAUUUUUGUAAAUAUAAUAAUUGUGUUUCGUAUUGUUUUGUUUUUUCAGCUGUAUUGAUAAUUGGUUCCAAAUAAACAGAUCAUGUCCAGAACAUCCUGCAAACUAGAAAUAGGUAAAAAUGAGCUUUAAGGUACAUAUUGUGUUGUGCUAGGACCACGUCAAGUUCACUGGAUACAUACAGGGGUUUCUUAAUAAUUUACAUCCAAGUGCACCCACAUUGAUAAUUGGAAAUGCUUUGAUCUUAAAGCAAAUUCUCUCAACUAGUUCUUUAAGGAAAUGUAUAGAGAUCAGUCGAGAGAUUUAUUUUUAAGUAGAUAUCAGGUCUUGAAGAGUUAAGAGAGAGAUAGUAGGACUUGUACUUAGUGUCUGUCUUUAAGUUUUCAGCAAGUGUAUUCCCCUAGAACCCCCCAAGUGGGUGGGGCCUGUAGCCCCUGUAUCACUUUUGGACACCCAGUUAUAACGCUGGCUAAAACAUCGUUAACAAGACUGUUCUUUAAAUUUAUUUUUAAGCAUAUGCUCCUCAAGAAUAAGAAGAAUACCCUUUCAAACAAAUUUUUAUCCCCCUGAGUGGCUUAUUUUGUAAACUUUAAGGUGUUGGUUGGAUGGCCAGUGUAAAGCCCAUUUCUCCAUGAUGAUUAAAAAUAGCUUGAAUGGGUUCUAUGCUCUGUAACAGGAAGUCCCAUAGCAUGACAUACCACCUUUUACUCAUUUUGGUUGAUGCCUACAAGUACAGCUCAUUUUUUGCCCGAUGUAUACCUGUGUAGAACAGUCUCUCGUUUGCUGCUAUCAACGCUCUGUUUUUGCCCAUGUAUAAUCUUUAAUCUGUCCAUAGCACAGGCUAAUCAUUGCAAUGGAUGGUCAUAAUUAGCUAAGCAGUAGGUGAUGACAAAUAACUUUUAAAUGUUAACCGUAAAGAUAAAGAUAUUUCUUUAGCGCUCAUCAUUCUUUUAAGAUUUCAGAAGCUAAAUCAGUUCUCUUUUGCAGGCACUUAUCAAGACUAAUGUAGACGCUUUGAGCACAAGUAGGAUUCAAAUUUAGACGGGUGGAUGUAUUUAAAACUGUGUUACAAGUUCACUAGGCUAUUAAGGUACAUGUAAAGCAAUGUCACCGUGACUGAGUGGAGCGCCCUGAGUAUCAUCUAGUAAGGACCUGACAUUGAUGUAUGGCUUGAGAUCAGGAUGGACUCCUUCAUUUCAAGCUUUGGGCUCCUACAGUUUAUAGUUAUCAAGUACUCUGGAACCUUUUCUAAUCUCAUGCAAAUAUAGUGGAACCAGGAUAUAAUUAACACCUUUAAUUAUACAAACAAUAGUUUCUGCCCCAAUUACUGUAAGAUGGACAAGACCCAUCAUCACAUACUACAUGAUAAUUUUUCUUUGUUGCCAUUGUAUAUUAUUUUUAAAAAUAUUUCUUGAUUUCCACAAAAGCCUUUAGAACUGAAUUGUUUACAAAUAGGCUCAUGUAGAAACCUAAUUGACCAUUAUGUCAUACUACCAUAGCUGUUGAAACCUUUUCUGCAUACCGGUAAACAAAGGCACCAACUCAAUGCUUCGGUGACAAAAUACAGUGAUUUGUAUGAAAUUGUCCCUUCAAGGCUAGACACCAAUUCCUUGUGUUUGCUAACUGGAUCGCAAUGUGGGUUAGGUCUAUUGAAUAAUAAAAAAUUAUUAUAAAGGUGAUGUUAUAAGUCAGUUCAACUCCUUUCAGCUUCUACCAUCUCCCCUGCAAAGUUGACUUGGAACUUUUUGUUACAUGUAUACUGUACUGCAAAUUUGAAUAGUCAUGAAAUUAAUUUGAAUAGUCAUGAAAUUAAUUAUUACCUUAUGCUGUUAAAUUUCCCUGAUUACAUGAGGGAUCAGGAAAAAAUAUUUUUUGUUGGUGUCAUGUGACACCUUGUUAUAUGGAUUACAGUAACGUAUUAAGGUGUGAGAAUUUUUUUUUUCUACAGAAAGUUAUAUUAAAUAAGAUUUCCAGCUGGAAAAGACAUUGUUUUUACACCCUGUCAGGCUAGCCUUUCUUUUUGCUUUGACGAAUUUGGUGUACUCCUCCUUAGUAAUGAAAAAAGGGACUUAAAGCGAAUCGCUUUGGUGACCUUCUACUACUACUGCGGCCGGAAGUAAAAAAGCCCCAAAAUACCGCAGUGCGCAUGCUUGGAAAUAACCUUUCGUGGUAGCGCAAAAUCCUACAAGGCGAAGACCUGUCUUGUGGUGUAGUCACUACUACGUGAAUAUAAAACCCUCUUUUUUACAAUCUCUAUUUUUUAAAAACCUAUCAUAGAUUGUUUUUCACUUUAUGAAGAAAAUAUUUGACGUUUCUGGUUUUCCAGUAAUGUUACAUCUUCCCUGCAUUUUAAUAGCUGUGAAAGCAAAUGAGUGAGAAACCCCUUUGUCACUGUUUGGGCGCCUCUUGCUUAAAGUUGAAAUUUGGUGGGCUGCGGUGACAUACUCUCCCCAGAACUCCUCGUCCACCUCUGCCGUAUUAGAGGCCAUAGCAAUUUGCUUAAAGUCCCUAAAGUCACAAGGAGGCUCCACUCUUCACACUGGGUGAAGUUUUUAUGGCAUGAGAAUGUGGAAUCGUCUCGUAAUGUUUUGCUAUCCUUUACUGCGCUUUUCAAAAACACAUGAACUCUGAAGUUCCAAAGCCUCCUUCACAAUUGUGUUUUUCACUGCUGUCAGUCAUAAUUUUUUUUAUUACAAUCACAAGUAAUGAAACCUGAAACACAGAAAUACACAAAACAGAUCAAAAUCCAGCAAUCACAAAUCACAAACCGUGACCUUUUGAACCUGUUGGAGUAAACUUUUGUUUCCUAAGAGGUCUGCUAAGAUGAUUGAUGGCUGUGAAAAACUCAUACGUCAGUUGCCUUUUGGACUUCAGAAUUUGUGUGUUUUUGGAAAGCGCAGUAAGCUUAGACAAGAUUCAAAGAUGUAACAGUACUCUUUUUGAAUGCUUUCUGGCUGUGCUUUCCUGUUUAUUUAAUUAUUCAACAAAGGAUGCAUUUUUUUUUAAACAUCUACAGGAAUUUGUUGUUGUUCAAAUAAAUUGGACAAGUUUGUUAUAUUGCAGUUCAGUACUGUUAGAGUGAUUUUAAUUGAACCGUGAAACAGAUAAUAACAGCUAAUGCAAAAUAGCUGCAAAGAAACAACAGAAGACAAUAGAAUAGUAGUGCCUAGUAUUCUACUACCUAUUUCACAGGUUAAGUAAAAUCACUCUAAGUUAUCUUUAUAUUGUAGUCUACCCUAAUAAUCAUUACCAAAGUGGCUUUGCUUGUGACAGGGUUCCUAUCACAAUUGAAUAGCACCAUUUUUAAAUACGAAAAUGUAGAUAUUAAUAAUAUAUUUUAAUAAUAGUUUUUAAAAAUUCUAAUUACAUAAGCCGAUCAUUAUUUUUUUUUCUCGAGUGGUCAGAUGGGUAAUCUAUAGGCCAUUUUAGAGUUGCUCUGAGCCUCUGUUUCAAAGUGAGGCUAAGUGUCAAGCCAUUGACAUGAAAAUGAUUUUUUGUUCUUAUGCAAAUAUAUCUCAUCUUCACAAGAAAGGUUUUGCGCUUAACCUCGUUUUGGAACUCGGAAAUGGCUUUUGGAUCCUUGUGCAAUCCUAGUGCUUGUGAAAGACGAGAUGACUUCAUUUGCAGAUAAGACGUAGAAGAGUAAAUUUAUUUUAUUUUCUGAUCCAUUGUAUCAAGACAGCACAUUUUCACGCACAACAUUCAAUGCUGAGGCUAAAACGAAUCUUCCCUUGUAUAUCUUAGAUGUAAUAAUAGAGACCAGCACCCAGUUGCACAAAAGGAGGAUAGCACUUUCUACCGGGGCCUGGAGAUUAGUUGUUCCUUGUUAGUCCUUCAAUGUGACCAAACAAAUAAAACCCUCUUGACUUUACCCCUAAAUUUCCCAUGUUCAGCGAUGAAUACUGGAAAAAUGGUACAUUUCUUUUGUUUUACUCCUUAAAGCCUUGCAGCUUGGAUUGGAUUGUAAUGUAUUGAAAUUUGUCUAUUACAUUAUCUUCCAGAUUUUGACUGAUACCCUAAUGUGGUGCCCAGAUUUUUAGGAUUGAAAUGUUUGUCAUUAGAACUGAAGUACUCACAAAAAAAGCACUACUUGCUCCAAUAGUUUUGACCUCAGCAUUGUGUAAGCUAGAGAAAAAAUUUAAACUUUUUGUAGUUGUGUUUAAGGUGUUGUACAUACAAGGACGCAACAAUUAAGUGCAAGUAAAGAGCUAAUGUACACAAAUAAAAGUGAAUACAAACUAUUGUCUUAUUAUUUACCGUGGUAGGUUUAGAGUGACGUGGGGGAAACACACCCAACGCGUCCGCCACCUGCCUCGUUGAAAUAUAGAUCACGAGGGGAAGGGACAUAUCCAUAUUCGGGUUAAUGAACUGGAACUAACUGAUGUUCAAGGCUA